AUGAGACGCAGCGGCAGAUCACCAGAGGACAUGUCCAAGCAGCUGACGGAGGCACUUCAUCUUAAAUAUGAGAGAGCUCACCUGGCCUACCUGCUGAGUGUGCAGAACGUCAGGGACGGUGAAGCAGGAGUCUACGGCCAGAGAACCAUCACUGGGCUCCUCAGACAGGCAGAUACUCCUGCGCCAUUUGGUGGAUACUCAGAUGCAGAUGGCUGGUGCGGAGUGUCUGUUUCAUCUCACUACCUUGUCGAUUGCCUGGUCCGAGAGUAUCAGCGCCAGGAGCAGCUCCUCACUCUGCUGCUUCAAGGUACCUUUGGACAGGCACUGAGGGCAGAUCACACCCGCAAAGUAGCUAGGAAGGUUGUGCUGUCGUCUGGCACCAUGUCUUCCUAUGCUAUUAUGAACGAGAACUGGAUGAUCCUGAGCUGGGUGAUGCUGCAGUCUGAGUGUGAUAGGUCCCUUUAUACCAUGUAUGAGGGUCUGUCGCAACGCUACACUGCAGCAGGAGUGCAGAAGGCAAACUUCCAGUGGGUUGACAGGGACUGCUGUGCUGCCUUUAAGGUCCUGCAACCUGGGGCUCAGGAUCACAUCUCAUGGGACUGCUGGAGGACCUCAGAGGCCAUCGUGGCACAAGCGACCUCUGGAAACCUGGCAAACAACAGUGCCUCAAGACUCAAGUUUAACCAAGACAUCACCAUCAAUUCCUUUUGCCAGUUCCUCUCUGCAGCAUUCGUUGUGGUGGACCAGGGUGACCUCAAGAGGCUCCAGGAGGCGUACAAGUUCUGCAAAAUCUCUCCUGCUAACCCCACCAAGCAGCACAUCAGAGAGCACUGUAGAACGAAGGUGCCACAGCCCAGAGAACUGCUGCAGAGGGUAGAAGAUGUUUUACAUCAUUUCUACCUGGCAAAGGACAGCAACGAUGUGCCCCUCUUCAAGGCCUCCAUGUUGAGGGUGUGGAGGAUUCAGCGCAUCCACAUCCUGAGAGGCUGCCUGAGCGACCCUGAGGUCAAGGAGGGAAUCCUAUACAGGUAUGGUGGCACCUUGCAGCUCAAUAACACCAAGGGCGCAGGAGCUGCUGUACCUAUUUGGAUUCCCGUGAGAGGCACAUCUCAGCAGGAGGGCUUCCACUCUCACCAAGCCCAGUGGGUGACAGGAAACCGGGUUUCCUGUGAGCUCUUCCAGGCCCAGGCAUUGACUGGAGUGGUGAGGUGGAACUUUCAGCGGCUGGUGGACCUGAAGCAGCCUGGUGUCGAGCUGCCAGCUGUGUUUGACCCCCUGUUGAUUACACAGCUAAACACAGCCUCUGUCAGAGUGACAGGGAGGGCCAAAUAUGCAGCUCUGCAGGCAUUAAACAGGGACACAGGGGAGAGAUUUGGGCUGCAGUAUCUAGAGCCAGGCUGUCGUCCGGUUGUUUUAGACUGGGACAAACACAGGACACAAGUCAACACUGAAGCUGCUGAAGUCGUGGAGAUGGAGGAUCACUUCUCUGCUGCUGCAGUGAGCACAGACUCUCAGGAGCCCAGUGAUGAUGGAGUUGGACCAGUGCCAGUCCUGUCUUCUCAACAGUGCUCUGCAGAAGUUUCCAAGUCCCAGCAGCCACUGAUACCAGCUUCUGCCACAGACCUGCCAGGGGUAGCGCCAUUGCCCAUAGCCUCCUCUCCCCGGGCCGCCCGCACUGGACCAAUAAAGACGGGAGGUCUCAUUCAGGUCCUGGACCACAGCCGGUGGACAGGGGCUAUGAGAUCUGCCAUCGACGGGCUCCUGUACAAGCACCAUGGGGCCAAGGACAUCCUAAAACGGGUGGAUGCAGACUAUGCUGCCAUGGUUCAGCAAGCAUGCAACGACCCCAACAGCCUUCUCCAUCCCACCACAUGCCAACAUAUCUCCAGAUAUGUUAAACACCUGGCAAAAUUAAAAAACACAAGCUCCUCCCUCAAUACCAGCCCAGAGAAGGUAUUUGAGACACAACAGUUGUGGCAGAGUUUGGCCACAGGCAGCGAAACAGUCAGUGUGCCUGUUGUGACUUUGCCCCCUGCCACGUUCAACCCUCCACCUGUGGCUCCCCCCCAGGAGGAGUCAGUGAGCCGAGCCACAGUGGAGAAGAUUGUUGAAGACAUUCUAGGGAAACAGCAACAACAGCAGGAGCAGCAGGAGCAGCAGAAGGAGAAGAGGACCAGGAACUGUCUAGCCUGCGGUCAGCCAAAGUCCCGGUAUCUCGGCGACGGCUCUUCUAUUCAUUUUUUUUACCAGUCGAAAACAGUAAAGUACUUCUACUGCUCCACUAAGGUGUUUAACACGUACGCAGCUGAGGGCCUCACAGACCCCAGGAUGUCGUUCCAGGACUUUGCUGCAUCUCCUUUCUUUGAGCGGGAGCUGGAGGCGGCCAAACAGAGGUCGGCUGAGUGGAGGAAGGUGGCAGAGGAGAGGGCAAAGAGGAAGAGUGAGGUGCAGCUGCCAAAAGGUCGUCUGUGCAGGUUCUGCCACCGGCCUCUAAAGCAGGGCCCUGACAGCCCUCAUAUCCACACCAGCUUCCCCGGGGUGCCGGGGAAAUACAUCUACUGCCCCUCCAGAGUGUUUUCCCUGUACAAGGAGCAGGGCAUGGUGAGGAAGAUGAGCUGGAGGGACUUCCAACAGUCUGCCUUCUUCACGGCUGAAAGGGACAGAUGGGUCGCAGAGAAGAGGAAGUGACUGUGAACCCAUAGUCACUUUACACUGUAAACUCCAAAAAUACCCUCACACGCACAUACAAUAGGGUUUUCCCUAUUAUUAUUAUUAUUGUUAUUAUCAUCAUUAUUAUUAUUAUUAUAAUUAUUAUUAUU